AUGAGAUUCCUAUAAAUUGUGCAAAGUGGUUUGGUUUACGCUUGUAAUUCAUUAAAAGGUCCUUCUGAUAGAUUUUUGAAAAGCAGAUUUGUCAGACUCAAAGAAUCAAACAAUAGAAAAUAAAAAAUCCUCGUAUUAGAUCUAGAUGAGACAUUAAUCCAUAGUUGCACACAUAGAGAUUUCCCACAUAUUACUAUUACAAUUCAAGACAAUGAUGAACCAAUAGACAUAGCUUUUAAUGUCAGACCCUAUUGUAAGGAGUUUAUAAAGGAGAUGUCUAAUUACUAUACGAUCUACUUAUUCACAGCCUCUUCCGAAAUGUAUGCCAGGGCAAUUGUAAAUCAUCUAGAUCCAAAACGAUAAUACAUUACAGAUAUUUUGUGUAGGAACAAUUGUUUUGAGACUAAAAAUGGUUUCUUCAUAAAGGACUUAAGAAUAAUUACCAAUAGGGACUUAAAGGAUAUUGUAAUAAUAGAUAAUCUUCCACAUUCUUUUGGUUUACAAUUAGAAAAUGGAAUUCCAAUAUUAGAAUGGACUUAAGACCCAAAAGAUGAAGAAUUAAAAUAUUUAUAAUCAUAUCUUAUUGAAUUAAGUAAAAAAGAAGAUGUAAGAACUUGUAAUAGAGAGAAAUUAAAAUUACUUGAUUUAGUUGAUUUUAAACUUAUAAUUUGA